AUGGAGCACCUGAAGGCUUAUGAUGACGAAAAGCAAACACAGAUUGUCCACGAUAUAUUCGUCGUUAGCAAUAGCACCUCGUCUUCAUCCUCAUCCGCAUGCUCAACUACAUCAUCUCGCACCGCGUGUGACCCUGACAACCGUCUUGCGAUCGAAUUAUACACCUCUUCCAAAGAGCCGGCUUUCACCUUUGAUCCCCCCGAUGGCGGAUGGCGAGCAUGGUCUCAGGUUCUUGCCGCCAAUCUAGCCAAUGCUGUAUCAUGGGGUUAUGCCGCUACAUUUGGAGUAUACCAGUUGUACUACGUUGAUGCUCUCGGGCUAGCAUCCUCUAAAGUAUCUUGGAUCGGCUCCGUUCAAGUCUUUCUCGCCUUUGUUGUCUGUGCUCCAUCUGGACGCAUUGCAGAUGCAGGCUACGCCCACGAAAUUAUUAUUAUCGGUUGCUUUUUUGUCGUCCUGGGCUCUUAUAUGACUAGCUUCUGCUACGAGUAUUGGCAAAUUAUGCUUGCUCAGGGGGUUUGCACUGGAAUCGGGCUUGGGGUCAUCUCUACGCCAGCAGUCGCCAUAACCAGCUCCUAUUUUGACAAACACAGGUCACUGGCGCUGUCCAUGUCAGCGAUGGGAACGUCGGCGGGAGGUGUUAUCUUCCCAGCAAUAGUGCAGUACCUGAUUCCUGAGAUAGGCUUUCGUUGGGCUACCAGAGUUGCAGCUCUCGUAGCCCUUGUGAUUUGUAUAGGCGCUUGUGUGCUCCUAAAGCCUUACAUCCCCGGCCGUAAGACUGGUCCACUAGUUGAAUGGUCGGCUUUCAAAGAAGUCUCUUAUUCACUGUUCGCUGUGGGCUCUUUUUUAAAUUUCUACGGCAUGUAUUUUGGACUAUUUUAUAUCAACAGUUUUGCGCGCAAUAUUAUUGGAUUCUCAUCUGUCGAAUCCGUCAGCCUGUUACUUAUCACGAAUGCAAUUGGCAUACCGGUCAGGCCAAUCAUAGGCUACCUGGCAAAUACACAUUUUGGACCCAUCAACAUCUUUAUCCUCGCAACUACCUUUGUAGGCGUCAUGCUCUUUGUUUGGACGACAAUUACUAGUCGAACGAGCAUGUACGUCUUUAGCGUCUUUUAUGGCCUAGCAGUUAGUGCCAACCAAGGUACCUACGUUCCAUCGUUGGCAAGUUUAACACAAGAUCCUCAGAAGAUGGGGAUUCGAUUUGGCAUGAUCGAGACACUUUGUGCAUUCUCAACACUGGCUGGUCCUCCCACGGCUGGAGCAAUCAUUGAUCGAACCGGGCUCUAUGCUCCGGCUCAGAUUUGGGGUGGGUCGGUAAUGGUAGCUGCCGCUUUGGCCUUUGCAGCGGCACGCAUAUCCGUUACAGGGUGGAAGAUUAAAGUAGCGAUAUGA